CCAUCAUUUUUGGUCAUAGAAAAGAAAACCCCAUAGAAUCCCUAGGUUACUCUCUUAUCAUCGCAUUCGCUGCCGAUCUUUUCUGCCCCAUUGUCCUGCCACCCAUUCGGCUUCGUAUAUGGCACAAGGCGGCGAAUCUUCCUCGAACUCAUCCGGUUCCUCUGGCGACGACCAUAACACUACAACUCCUGCUACUGACCCGCCGUCGAUCGGUGCAGUCACCCACAAAAUCCACGAGUCGCUCUCGUUGACGAAGCGGCACCGGUUCUGGGAAACUCAACCCGUUGGUCAAUUCAAAGAUCUCGGUGAUUCCUCCAUUCCCGAAGGACCGAUUGAGCUCCCUACCCCGGUGUCGGAAGUAAAAAAGGAACCAUACAAUCUCCCCUCCCUUUACGAAUGGACGACAUGCGACAUCGAAGACGACGCCACAGCCACCGAGGUUUACAACCUCCUUACCAACAACUACGUCGAGGACGACGAGAACAUGUUCCGAUUUAACUACUCCAAGGAAUUCCUCAACUGGGCUCUCCGCCCUCCGGGUCACUUCGCGUCAUGGCACAUCGGCGUACGCGUCAAAGCCAACAAAAAGCUUGUUGCUUUCAUCACCGGCGUCCCCGCGAGGAUCCGCGUGCGCAACGAUGUGGUUUUGAUGGCGGAGGUAAACUUCCUCUGCGUUCAUAAGAAGCUGAGGUCCAAGCGGCUUGCGCCUGUACUUAUUAAGGAGGUUACACGAAGAAUCCAUUUAGAAGAUAUCUGGCAAGCAGCUUAUACUGCCGGUGUUGUCCUUCCGACGCCGAUUGCAACCUGCCAGUAUUGGCACCGAUCGCUUAAUCCUAAGAAGCUCAUCGAUGUGGGUUUCUCUAGGCUUGGGGCGAGGAUGACCAUGAGCCGUACAAUUAGGCUGUUCAAGCUGCCGGCAUCACCUGUUACCCCUGGGUUCAGAAAGAUGGAGCUCCGUGACGUUCCAGCAGUGAUGAGACUGCUGAGGGAUUACUUGUCUCGGUUUGCUGUUGCACCUAGUUUUGAUGAGAUGGAUGUGGAGCAUUGGCUUCUUCCCAGGGAGGAUGUGGUGGAUUGCUACUUGGUAGAGAGCCCUGAGAAUCAUGAGAUAACUGAUAUUUGUAGCUUCUACACUCUGCCAUCUUUGAUACUUAACAACUCUAACUACUCAACCUUGAAGGCCGCUUACUCAUUCUAUAAUGUGGCAACAAAGACUCCUUUGCUGCAGUUGAUGAAUGACGCCCUUAUAGUGGCUAGGCAAAAGGACUAUGAUGUGUUCAAUGCGCUGGAUGUCAUGGAGAACGAGUCCUUUCUUAAGGAUCUGAAGUUUGGGCCAGGAGAUGGAAUGCUACAUUAUUACUUGUACAACUAUCGACUUAGACAUGCUCUAAAGCCUUCAGAACUUGGUCUAGUCCUCUUAUAGCCUUUGAUCAUCAUGCUUUUAAGUUUGAAGCGCCGCAAUAUUACCUCUUUAGCAUCGCAGCACCGAUCAAGUCAAAGUGCUUUUGGCAACUUUCUGUUAGUAUUUAGAAUCAUCAAAAUCCCAAGCAUAUCAA